GCCCCAUGGCUGCCGGAGCCGUGAGCUCAGGCCUGCCCUGCCAGGGUGGACAGCGGGACCCCUGGCAUGCCCGCUGCUGCCCCCAGAGGUGCCGUCCUCGGCCCCUGGCUCAUUCCAUCCCUUCAUGAGACUCUCCCAUCAUCCUUGCCAUUUGGCACGACGAACUCAGCCAUACAGUGAUGCAUUUCAGCCUCUGGCUAAUGCCCCAUCAGUCCCUUCCUUUGCCAGUGACCAGGUCAUUCCAUUUUCUGCCCCCAGGGCAGCUUCAUUUCAGUUUCCGGGUCAUCCCAUCCUCUUUGAUUGGCCGCCCCAUCUCAGCCACCAGGUCAUCCCUCCACGGGCAGCAGGCCUGUGGUUGUUCCAUCUCAUCCUGGGUAUCUGGCCCACUCUCAACCUGACAGUCACCCAUCAGCUCCCAGGCUUUCCCUCUUACUGCCAGCAGACGGCUGUAGACCCAGAAGUUGAGCCAUUCCAUUUUUGACCAUGGGGUGACUCCACUGACUGUCCCAGUCUUGCUCGAACCAUACAUCAUCUGUUGUGGAAGCCACUCACGAGCAGCCACAGGCUGCCCCAUCGGUUCAUCCUCAUCUCAGCCAUCCCUGUUGGCUGUCCCAGUCUUGGUUACCGAGCUAUCCCACCAUUGGCUGUUGGGACCAUGUAUUCCUGGAGGUUGGGUUGUCAAACCCCAGCUAGCUUCACUCGCCAGAUGUCAUGGGGUGUUCUAGACAUCAGGCAGAAGGAGCCGUCCCCUCUGUAAUAGCUGUCUGAGCUAGUCAAAGAGUCAGGCCCACUCUUGGCUGAUGGACGUAGGAUUGGCCCCUGUUUUCCACAGAUAGUAUAUCCCCUCUCAUGGGGCAGCUUUAUUCUCAUCUUGGCCUUUGGAAACUUCUGAUUCCCCUCAGUAGAGCCCUUCUAGACCCUGAGUCCUUUGAGCUGUGACCAGUUUCCCUUGGGGUAUAAAUUCCAUUUUCAGAAGUUGGAACUCCCAGCUAAUGGAGCAGCCUCCCACUUAACAGGUCAACAGCCCUGCCCCUUUCUAGCUGUUGGGCCAUCCUGUUGCCUCAACUGAGGGCCCUCCUGAUUCUCUUCAGAAGACCUGUGGUUCCUGCUAUUGGGAGCACUGAAGGCCACUGUACUAAGAUCUCGUUCGCUAGUUGGCUUGAGUGCACACAAGCCAAUUUCUCCCAACAUCUGGCCUCAGGAGGGUCCCACAGGGAAGCCACACACCCCUUCAGAGAGCCUGGCCCAGUGCCCCACCCUCCCAGCCUGCCCCAGCCAGUCUCCAGGCCAGUUAGGCCUCCAUGCCAUCCUCUGGCUUCAGGCCUGGAGGAACCAAUUUUAGUUUCCUGUGACUGAGAGGUUGUAAAUUGGACUAAUUUUGGAUGUGAUAGGAAACCAAAAUGAGGUCACCAAGGAGGAGGAGGAGGCAGCUGCCAAUGUGCCACCCUCCCUCUGCCUCGACCUGCCCCCAGGGAGCUGUGGGCCUACCUGGCCGGCCAGGCCUGGGCCUGCCCCUGGAGGUAGCCCUGAUUUCAGGCCUGAGUCAGGCAAGGCUGCCACCCCUCCAAGACCCCAGCUAAAGCCAUGUUUUGCUUGCUUCUCUCUCUCUUUCGCUCUCUCUUUACUAUACUCUUUCUUUCUCUCUUUCACUCUCUUUCUUUCUCUCUCUCAGCCCACAGGGGUAGCCUAACUGUUGUUUUUUGGUUCCCAGGGUAGGCUCAGAGAGUGAGCAAAGCUGAGGUCUGGUUGCAGUGGUGAAAGUGGCUCCCAAGGGCUCUGGCGCCUCCUCCCUUGGGCAGCCCGGGAGAUACUUGACUGCCCCAUGGCCCUAGACCAGAGGUCAGCAAACUUACUCCCAGUAAAAGGCCACUUGGAAAAUAUUUAGGCUUUAUAAGCCAUAUAGUCUCUUGCAUAAUGACUCAACCCUGCCAUUGUGGAAUGAAAGCAGCCAGAGACAGCAUGUAAACUAAUGCCAAUGGCUUGGUUCCAGUAAAACUUUAUUUACAGAGACAAGCAGCAGGCCAGAUGUGGCCCACAGGCAAUGACUUCCCAACCCCUCCCCAGGGCCAUUGGAUUGAGAGGCGGAGGGAAGGGACAGAGGAGGAGACGAUUGGAACCCUGAAGUUCCAAGAUGAGAAAUGAUUCACCCAAAGCUGCUCCUUCAGCCCAGUCUCCGGCUCCGCUCUGGUGCCUGGGGGCAGCCUGGCUCUGGCCCUGCCUGUGGGAUAUGGUGAAAUCUCCAGCCAGCGCAUGAAGCAGACAGGUUCUCCAGGGGAGGCCAGGGACUUCGGACUCCAACCACUGGCAUGGGGACCUUUUACCAAUACAGCAUUUUCAAUACAGCCGAACCUCAUUAGAUCCUCAUGGCAACUCUGUGACAGAGGAAGCUCGGGGAUUAUUUUAUUACUCCCAUUUCAUAGAUGAAGAAACUGAGGCCCAGAGAGAUGGAGUCACUUUUCCAGAGUCCCAUAUUUAGUAAGUGGCAGAGGUGGGGUUCAAACCCAGGUCUCUAUGAGGCUAUACAGAAUCUGACCAGCCAUGUCCUAGUUCUCUGUCCUUGCCCCACUUCCCAGUGCACUUCAGAGAUGCUGAUGGGCCUGUGGGAGAGCACCCCCUUGCAAAUGCAUCAAAGACAGUCACCCUCUUCUCUGCUAGAACUGUGGUGAAGUGUUGGAUGAGUGGAUACUGGGCUCCCACCCUGUCUGCACUCUUUCCUUGGUCCAGUCCUCUGACUGGGAGAUACUUCCAAGAUCCCAGGAGAGGAUGCUGGACCUUUGAAACAAAGAACCCUGGGAAGAGGGCAAAGAUCCAUGCCAUAGCCUGAAUCCUAAGGAGGUGCUGGCCACAGGGCAGAGGUCUGCCGCUUCCUCACCUCUGUGGACAAAGUAUAAGAACUGAUGGCUUCCCCGGCCUCCCCAGGAUUACUAGGCCAGCUCUGUGCUGGCCUGGAUUUCUUCCUGUCUCCAAAGGAUGGCAGUACUUAUAACACAGAGGCAGACUUUCCUGGUGUCCCCCAGCGAGACAGCGGGAGGAGCCACAGCAGCUCCCUCCACCCCUCCCACUCCAACAUGACAGGCAGCCGCAGGGCCCGGGGGACCUGCCUUCACCACGCAGCCUUGGCAGCACUGGCAGCCCACUCAGACCAGCAGGGAGGUCGGCUUAGCCAGAAGGUAUUCUGGCACUAGCUGAGCCAGGGCCAGAAGGUGGGCGGGCGGAGCCGACCUGGGGACUCAGGGUGGGUGCGAGGGCUUUGCAGCCUCCUGGGAGAGGCAGUGGCGGCGACGGCAGCGGCGACAGCUCCGAUGGAGGCCUGGCGAGGUCCGACAGCGCGCACCCUGCACUGGGGCCUCCUAGUCCUGGCCCUCGGCUUCUUUCUCCUCCACUGUGAUCCCUUCACCUGCUUCUCCUUUCUCUCCUCUCCUCCACCUGCCCCAAGUUUCGAGGACUCCACCCUGUCCACGGCCACUACCCUUGAGUCUAUCCCCAGCUCCACGGGAGAGCCGAAAUGCCAGCGACCCCGCACCCUGAUGCGGCAGCAGAGCCUGCAGCAGCCGCUGAGCCAGCACCAGCGGGGCCGGCAGCCCAGCCAGCCCACCACCAGCCAGAGCCUGGGCCAGCUGCAGGCCCACAUGGCCUCGGCGCCGGGCCCCAACCCCCGGGCCUAUGGCCGGGGCCAGGCUCGGCAGGGCACCUCGGCCGGCUCCAAGUACCGGGCGGCGGGGGGCCGCAGCCGCUCCAACCCGGGCAGCUGGGACCACGUGGUGGGGCAGAUUCGAAACCGAGGCUUGGACAUGAAAUCCUUCCUGUUGCCUGCAGGAGGGAAAGCGGUGAACACAGCCCCCGUGCCAGGCCAGACACCCCACGAUGAGUCCGACCGCCGGACCGAGCCACACUCCUCCGUCUCAGACCUCGUCAACUCCCUCACCAGCGAGAUGCUCAUGCUCUCCCCAGGCUCCGAGGAGGAUGAGGCCCACGAGGGCUGCAGCCGAGAGAACCUGGGCCGGAUCCAGUUCAGCGUCGGCUACAACUUCCAGGAGUCUACGCUCACCGUGAAGAUCAUGAAGGCCCAAGAGCUGCCGGCCAAGGACUUCAGCGGCACCAGUGACCCCUUCGUCAAGAUCUACCUGCUACCUGACAAGAAGCACAAGCUGGAGACCAAGGUGAAGCGGAAGAACCUGAACCCCCACUGGAACGAGACCUUUCUCUUUGAAGGUUUUCCCUAUGAGAAGGUGGUGCAGAGGAUCCUCUACCUCCAAGUGCUGGACUACGACCGCUUCAGCCGCAACGACCCCAUCGGGGAGGUGUCCAUCCCCCUUAACAAGGUGGACCUGACCCAGAUGCAGACCUUCUGGAAGGAUCUGAAGCCAUGCAGCGAUGGGAGUGGGAGCCGAGGGGAGCUGCUCUUGUCUCUCUGCUACAACCCCUCUGCCAACUCCAUCAUCGUGAACAUCAUCAAAGCCCGGAACCUCAAAGCCAUGGACAUCGGGGGCACAUCAGACCCCUACGUGAAGGUGUGGCUGAUGUACAAGGACAAGCGGGUGGAGAAGAAGAAGACGGUGACGAUGAAGAGGAACCUGAACCCCAUCUUCAAUGAGUCCUUCGCCUUCGAUAUCCCCACGGAGAAGCUGAGGGAGACGACCAUCAUUAUCACUGUCAUGGACAAGGACAGGCUCAGCCGCAAUGACGUCAUCGGCAAGAUCUACCUGUCCUGGAAGAGCGGGCCAGGGGAGGUGAAGCACUGGAAGGACAUGAUUGCCCGUCCCCGGCAGCCCGUGGCCCAGUGGCACCAGCUGAAGGCCUGAGUGGGGCCAAGGGAGGCCCAGGGGGCCAAGGGCCCGGGUCCCCAUCAUGCCCUCACCACUUUAUGCACAACGCCCGGCCUGAGCCCCUGCCAUAGGGAGGGGAGGACCCUGAGGGCUCAGCCAGGGAGGGUCCCAGGACUCAACUGGGCCCCGUGUCUAGGAAGUACCAGCCCCGUCCCCCAUGGUCCAACUUGGGGGAAGGGGCUCUGGGAGGCAUUUUCCUGCUUUGCCCCUUUUCUUCCUGACUUACUAAUACUAAAGAAGUUGGGGGACCUCAAGAGCCAGACGGCCAGACAGGCAGACCCCUCCAGAGGCCCACCAGGUGGGCAUGGUCCCUCGUUUUCUUUAAGGCAGCACCUGGAGUGGAGAGAGGCUACUCCCUGUCCAGCCCCCGAGGUGGACCCAGGGGAGGGGAGGCUGAGGCGUUUGGCCCCAGUCUGGCCAGGAGAGGCCCGUCCCCAGGGCAGUUUCAGGUGCCGGCUGGGCCCUGAAUGCCGAAGACAGUAUCUAGCCCGCUCCUGGGUCCUGGAGCCGCGGCCCUUUGUACUUGUAUUGUGUCCAUUGUGUGUGUGCGUGGGGACAGAGGCCUGGAAGUGCGGAGGACUAUGCGGAGAAGGCAGGUUUCGUGAAGGCCAGGCAGGGUUGGAGGCCGGGAGUGUGAGAGGAGAGGCCCGUAGGGCUGAGUGGGGUAGGGUGAGGCAGAGGUCAGGAACAGAAGAGCGGCAGAUGCUGGAGCUGGGCUGAGAGCUGGGCUGCCUCCUGCCAUCCCCCCAUCUCCUCCCCUUCUCCCCUUGGUGCCCCCUUCUGCUCAGAAUCUGAAAUAGCUCCUUCUUCAGCAAUUUCAUCUCUUGAACACUGACUCACACCUUUUAGGCACCUACUGUGUGCAUAGCAUUCCACCAGGACUCAUCUCCCUUCCUUCUCAAGGGGUCCUGAGCCUUGACUAGUUUUGCCCUAACUCCUUCAUCAAAAGACCCCCCGCCAGCUUCCCACACCUCAUACGCAGCCACAUCGCCCUGUUCUCCAUGCUUUCCAGCUUCCCUGCCCUUCCUCGUCUCUCCCUGCCUGUGCAGACCCCCACCCUUCUUUCCUCACCCCUCCAUCCCCCGAUGCUUGUAGGCCUUCCAUUCAUUCCCUCUCAUCGUGCGUGGUCUCUGAUCUUCCAUCACCUGACCUUCUCCAGGACUGUCUUCUCACCCUCCCCACUCCCUGGUCCCCAGGAGCAGCUCCUUCUGCCUGGCUCACUCACAGUGCAGGGAAAGGAGGCAGGGAGAAGACGAAGGUUCUGAGAGUUCUGAGGUUGCCACACACAAAGAAGCCGUGGUUUCUCUGCCUCAGCCACUGAUGAGACUAGAACUGGCUUCCCCCUGGAGAUGGCAGAUUUCAGGCUGAUCCCUGCUUAAGCCCUCUCAUCCUCACGCUGGUCCUGGUAUUGAUAAAAGACCCAGCUGGUGACAAAGCCUCCAAACCUGGGGGUCCAUGAGCCUGGGCCUGACAUUCCAAGAACCAUCGCCAGGUGGCGCCAGGCCCCCACAGUCUGUGGCUUGGUCAGCCCACACUUCCACGCUGGAUGGGCCUGUGACACCCCAAAGAGAAGAAGGGGACUCUGAAUAGGGUCCCCACAUCCAGGGCGUGGGGAGAGCAUAGGCAUUUGGGAACCAUUUUCCUUCGGUCGGCUUCCCCUUGAGCUGAGCAUUCUGCUUGCUGCAGUAGACGGGUCGCCUUUUGCCCAUAGCGAAAUUUUCUUAAAUUGAAUCUCACACCCCCACCAUUUCCUCUCCCUGGGAUCUGGAAGAACAUCAUACAUAGUAGGUGAAUCGUUUUGUAGAGUGAAGAAUGCUAAUGUAAAGCAAAUAGUCACCCACGUUCCUUGUAAAUCCAAAUGUUUCUGUAUUGUAGCUUUGCUUAAAAUGGGGUCGGCCCCAACUGCACCCUCCUCUUUGGCGGGCUGGGGAGCGGCCCCCAGCAGGGACGGGAGGGCAGCGACCCCGAGCCCACGUGGAUGUGGGAGAGGGCGUGGUGGGAAGUUUUGAGUGGAGGAGGGGAUCUGCCCUUCUCCACCCCUCCCUUGGAUCCGCCUCGGUUUCCUGUCCCCCCACCACCACCCGCCUGCCCCGCGGAAGACUGCCCAGUGAGCGAGCCCCUGCCUCCCAGGCCCCUUCGCCUGCUAGGGAGCCCCCUGGGAAUCCAACCAACUUGUAUCGAGUGGACGGGGCAAUGGCUCCACCUUUUCCCGAGCCCCGCCCAUGGAGCUCUUAGCCAAUCCUAUGCAGAGAGCAUCUCCUGGCAGGGGUCUUUUCCCAACCAGACCCCAUCCAGGCACAUUGGCGACCAGGCUUGGGCUUCCCCAGCCCCCCCACGUGCAGGUGGAGCUCUGGGAUGCUAUGUCAGGGCGGCAAGCGGUGGGCCAAGGGCUGAGUAGGCUAGCACGGGAGGCAAGGGUGGUAUGGGAUGGGGCAGGGGUGGUCUAGGGUGAUAGGAGAGCAGGGAAUGGGGGAACUUGAGGGUGGGGGGAGGGCACUUGGAGCCCUGUCACCAUCCGAGGACUUUGGGCAAGUCACCCGCACUCCCUGGGCCUCAGUUUCCCCAUCUGUAAUAUGAUGGUAAUAAUACUUCACCUACCUCACAGGGGAGGUUGUGAGGCCACCAUCACCUGACCUGAGGGUCAAGGCAGGAGGACUCAAGAGAGAAGGUGCUACCCGUGAGCAAAGUGUAAUUAGCAAAUCCUGACAGCAAGGCCCACCUGCCCCUCCCCCACAGAGCCUCCAGAGCUAGCCGAGGCCAACCCAGGCCCAUCUGUCUCUUCACUGUGUUGCAGGUCCCUUCAUGGGCCUCAUCUGCCAUCUUUGUGGGUGCCCUAGACUUAGUCCUUAUCUUGUCCUGGUUUCCUUUCUUGUGGCCAUCUCCCCAUGAAACUGCUGUAUAAAUUCCACCUGCCCCAAGACCCCCACACCUGCCCUCCGGCACCAGAUGCCAGGGAAGGGACAGAGGAAAACAGCCACAAACAAGCCAGGGGCCUCCCCUGAGUCCCCCAGGGGUGGGGAUCGGUGGCCACUGUUUGUAUGUCCUUGAGCGAAAAUGUUUUAUAAAAAAUAAAACAAAAACCCACCAUCACCAAAAAAAAAAAAAAAAAAAAUUUUGCAGCGAAGAGAAAUGAAGAAAAACUGAAGAAAAAAAAAAAAAAACAGGAAAAAAGAACCAUACAAAAUUUUUCCACCACACAUACCCUCUAAGCCAGCAAGAUUUCCUCUUUGCAAAAUCAUAUUUUUGUGGGAAUGGGUCCUGCUUUUUGUGGCAAGGCCUGUUCUGAUUAAUAAAGGAUCGUGAAAAAGUAGGGCCUUGGCUGUUUCCUCCUUGGGUCCCAGCCCUCCCUCACCUCCCCAGGGGCAGAGGCAGUGGGGUGAAGGGGAUGGGGGCCCCGGGGCUGAGCCUCCCCCUCAGUGUGUCACCUUUGGGAUUUGACUUCACUGGUGACCAGGCCCUUCCUGAGCAUCCAGCCCAUCCUCAGAUCUCUAUAGAAUGUGAUCCCACCGGCUUCCCAGAAAGCAGAGAGGCAGCUACAUCUCCCAGAUCAGGCCUGACGCAAAGCUUUUUGGGAGUAGAGUCCUCUAGGCCUCAGAGGUGCCCUCCAGGGUCACCCAGCCUGACGUCCCCUCCCUCAGUUCCCAGAGGACCCUCACCACCCUUCAAGGCAGCUCAGACAAACCAAAGGGGGACGCUCCAGUUUUCCCACCACCACCCACGGGUAGUUUCAAGCCAGCGCCUCCUUCCUGGUCCCUGAGGUGGGAAAAGGAAAGAUAAGGAGCUCUGUGUCUGUUGGCUGGAACUAUGGCUUCUCUCAGCCCUCUUCUACUUUCGUUCUUUAGGAUUAGAAAAGUCUUUUCCACUCAAUAGAACAGGUUCCAGCCUGAGGUGUGGGAAGCUGGGUUGUAAUCCCUUCUCCAGCCUCUGUGGCCCUGGGCAAGCUCUUUUCUUCCUUCCACCUGUUUCUUCUGACCACGACAAAGCAAUAACCAUCCCCAUCCCCUGCCCUUUCUUCCCCACCCAGCCCAGGGGAAGCUGAGCCCCCGAAGCUCUCAGGGUACUUCAGAAGGAAGGUGCUACAUCUGUUUCAGA